AAUCUUUCUUGCUUUUGACAGCCCGAGUGGAAUAGAAUCAGUGCCGAAAAUGUAUAGAUUUUCAAAUCAUUUAACCAAUCCUAAUUUAGUUUUGGUAAGAAAACAAAUAGGGGACGGAUCAUGUGCGGCACUGAUAGUUAUGAGAGCACCGCGGCGACGGUACGCACAGCAAGAUCAGGAAAAACGCAACACCGAAAAGCCAAAAUCUCGUAAACUAUUCUGGGGGACCGUUGGUGCUACUGUUUUAACUGGAGCAGCUGUUGUUUAUGCUAAAUCCAGUCCUGAUGCACGCAACUGGUUGGAAUCAAAUGCCCCUUGGGCAAACGAUUUUGUGGCUCUCGUUUACCAAGAGAACACAACAUACUGGAAGUCAACUGUUAACCAGUUUAGUAAAGCAACAACUUCUAUUAGCAACUUUUUGUUUGGAAAGGAAGGUGUUUCACCGCUUGAUUUCAAACAAAGAUCAGAACAAAAUAUAGAAAAAGAUGCAGCCAAGGAUUUCGCAAAGAAGACCUAUGAAUCAUCGGAUAAAAAAGUUUUUCCUGAAAAAAUUAAAACCAAAGUGCCGCCACCGACUUUCCAACCAUUGUAUGUGGAAGAGAAGAAAAUUGACACGCCUGAAGUUGAAACACCGGCGACACUCGUGCAAACUGAGAAAUGUGAUCCUCAAAGUCCUGCGCCCAUAAUGAUAACCAAAGACAUGGUUGAACUUGAACAGGAUAUGCACGAGAACACCAAGAUAGCGGUUGACAACUACAAGAAGGCCACGCAAUCAUGUGCCACGUAUAACAAGGCACUGUUCAAGAUCGUGGAGUCGUCACUGGACGACUUGGAUAGAAAGCAUUUCUCGGCUCUACAGAGCGCGCAGAACGAACGCAACAAUACCGUUAAAAUAGCUCAAGAGGCUGCGAGCAAAGCCAAAUUGGCUAUCGACACCCUCGAUCGUAUGAUAAAAGCAGGCGUCCAAGCGCCACCGGAGAGCGUCGCAGCAACAAACAGAUACAUUAAACAGUUCAGAGCUGAUUUGAACGAAGUCGAGACUGCUUACAAGGAAUGCUGCAACAAAGCCGUACUCAGUGACAAGUACUGGAAUAAGGUAGAAGCAGCCCGCAUGGCCUACAAGGAGGAGCUGCAGAUGUUGUUCCCCGGACUGGACCUCAGUGCGAGACAGCUCGACAUUCGCGGAGACACCGACCUGCUACUUAUGUACACUCUCAAACAGAUUCAAUAUCUACAAAAUGAAAUAGCUGAACUGCAAACGUUGAGAGAGUUGAAGAUCAACCGAGCAAUUGAAUGUCAUGAUGAAAAGGCAAUAAUUGAAGCGAAAGUUGAAGACACAAUUAAGAGAGAAAGAUUAGAAAAAGAACGGGAAUUCCAGAAGAGGAGUUUGGAAAUCCAAGCUGAAGCGAAUAAGGUACUUAAAGAACAGCUUAAGAAGCAAUUUGAGAUUCAACAGGAAGUCCUACAAGACAGACUUGCUAAGAAAGAAAAAGAGGUAUUGGGUAAAUUCAGUCGUUCAGUGUCCGAGCAAGUGGAAAGGGAACGAGUUACGUUCAAGAAGGAGCUUGCCGCUAUGGCUGGGAAGCUAAAGGCCAUUGAACAGACACUCAAAUUGCGCUCCAAGGCGGAGGCGGAGGCGCGGCGCUCGCAGUCGCUGUGGGCGGCGGCCGAGGCGCUGCACGCCGCCACGCGCCGCGCCGACGCGCGCGCUCCGCUGCGCACCGAGAUACGCGCGCUCGAGGCCGCCGGCAAAGACGACAAAUUAGUUCAAACUGUAUUGAAGGGCAUCCCUGAGGAAGUACGAGAAAAAGGAAUUCUAACUGAAAAAGCCUUACGAGAAAAAUUUGAUAAGUUGGAACAGACAGCAGUUAAAGUGGCUCUCGUUGGCCGUGACGGAGCAUCUCUCCCAGUCUACUUUCUAUCUUGGCUGCAGUCUAAACUACUUUUCCAGAAGUUCGCCGAAAUUCCCAAGGAUGAACUAGAAAACCAGCCUACUGACUUCUCGAAAUUGGACACCUUCGAUAUCAUCCAACGAGCAAGGUACCACAUGGACCACGGCAAUUUGGCGAAUGCUCUCCGUUAUGUAAAUCUCCUACAAGGAGCCCCCCGGGCCGCUGCCAGGACUUGGACGGAAGAAGCGAGACACCAUCUUGAGAUAAGACAAGCCGCGGAAGCUGUCAUGGCGCACGCAUCUGUAUCCGGGUUACUCUAUCUAUAGAUCAUAUUGUCUAUGGUAUAUGGGGUAUUUGACUCGAUGAUUAUUUCAUUUGAAGAUGAAAAGUGAAAUAUUAAGGAAAAAAAGGUGAAAUUUAAAAUGUAGUUUCAUUUCGAUUGUAACAUCAAUUUAAUAGUUUGACAACUGAUUUAUAUAUUGUUUAUUUUAAUUAUUUGAAGUAUUUUUAAUUACAUAUUAAAGAUAUUCUGUCAAAUACCCAGUUCUCUAUAGUCAGAACUUAUCUGUGAGAGAAUAAAAUAAUAUUAUUUAAAAAUGAAUUUGGACUUUUUAUAAUGAUAUAGAGUUCAAAUUGCAAUACAAUACAUUGUUAACAUAAGUAUGAAGCAAAUAAUGUUUGACCUCAUGUCAAGAGUCCUAACCUCUAUUAAAUCUGGAUGGUUUAAUAGAGUUGUGAUUGUUUUUUUUUCUAUGUACUUUCCUAUUGCAACGAUUGAAAUCGAACUUUAUUUGAAAGAGAAUAAAGCAUAAUUUUGCUUAUACUAGUUCUUUUAUUUAUUUAACAUUAGUGUUAUAUUUCUUGUAAUUAGUUUUAUUAUCAGCUAGUACCGUGAACGCUGUUUGAUUAUGUAACUUAAAGCUAUACACCUUAGGUUCAAUAUAACAAAUCGUUUGUUUCUGCCACAUAUCUGCAUUUAUCGAAAAGUAAAUUUCGUUAUCCAUCAUGUUAUAAAAAAUAUUAAAUAAUAAAUAAAGAUUAAAUGCACUGUGGUUGUUUAGUGAGCUUUGUAAAUAUGAAAAAUUGUAUUUAAUUUAAAAUUAGAGAAUGAUUUAUUUCA